UCAAAAAUUGCAACAAAAAAAAGUUCACCUGAGGUGCGCUCCCGAAAAUGCCGAUUGUUAAAGAAUCAGAACGAAGCAAAAGUUGCCCUUCCUUCAACAUCCUGAGUGCGCUGUUUGGAGGCGAAGAUUCCGCAGAGGCUAUUCAAACUUCCUCUGGCACCACCCAAGACCAAGAUUUCCCAGAAUUAAGCAAAUCAGAGCAGACUUUACCAUCGAUUGACAACUUCCGAACUAGACUUCAUCGAGCUUCAAGUGUACACCCGCAGUCGCUGAUGGUGCAGAGUUUUCGUAAGCUAAGUACCAGCUUGUUUGAGGCACAAAGUCACACUUCGGAGGAUGAGCCACAGAAACUGGGGCCUCGACCAUCGGAAUUUCUGCAGCAAUUGGAAACCAAACAAGGCCAGCAGUUGGAAGCUUUCAACAAAUUCAUGGAGAAUUUCUAUACCCAAUUGAUGAAACUUGGCUCGAUGACGGUACACAAACCCGGUGGCAUCAAAACUGCACCAUCAAUAGCAUCCCUCUUGGACCAGAUAACGACCACUCGCGUUGCCCUAUCGAACCAACGUCGAAAGUUGAUCGCAGUGUUCCGCGAGUUGGAAUAUCUGAACCGACGAAACUCGCAGCUGGACGACCAGAUCAAAAACAUCCGACUGGACGAGCUUCACGACCUGCAGGUGGAAGUGUGCCGCACCGGGGAAAAAAUCGACGAAACUAGCAAAGAGAUGGCCCGCGCACGAACACAGUACGAAAGUGACAUCUCGAAAGCGGCUCACGUCCGGGAGAAGUGGUUCGCCAUUCAGAACAAUAUUCUCGCCAAACAGGACGAUUGGUUGGAGGUUAGGGGCAAUAUCGUGGAAAGUCGAGCGUAUCUGUGCGAUCUGCUGGAGCGGAAACAGAAACUUCGAACGGAGAAUUUUAAACUGAAGAAGCGAUGCAGGAUUAUGGAAAACAAACCGUUGCUGAGAAGCUUCGAUCAGGUCGUUAAUAAGUUGCAAGUUAUUCAACAAUACAUCGAAAAAUUCAAGAGUAUUUGAAGAAACAAGAAGCAGAUUUUCUCCCCAAACCAGAUAUCCAUGUCAAGCCGUAAUCAGAAAUCAUCAAACACUAUUGUUGUGAGUGAGCCGGAAAAGCUAGAGUAAAACGAGCGAAUCAAUCAUUCUUUGAAACCCUAUUGUCAGGAUUUCUAUCUUAAUUAAGGAAUCUUUAAGAUCGUUCAUAUCGAAAAGCCUCUCCACCCACUCUAGGAUCAUCCCCAUCAGGCGGUCGGUCGCCCAUUGUCUACCCAGAAUCGCUUCGAAUUAGAUCGCAAUUACGAGUGGCAGAGACUCAAUCGAGGGUGAAAAUUGCACUUUCAACACAAGAAAAGAUGCGUCCGCUCCGACUGAAUUCCGGUCCCCCUUUAGAAGCAUAUUUUUUCUUCUUCGAAAAACCAAAAACGUGCUCAGUCACUAUCGCCGUCGUGUCAGUGUGUAGCAAGAAGCGGAGUGCUGGUGAUGGGCCCGAACACUUGCCGCACCACAAAAGGGAUUUCCACCGGAACAAAACAUUUGAGCGGUGCCACUCCUCGCCAGUGCUGCUGCUGCGGAAACAGAAUCAAAACAAAGGAACCGUUGAGGUUUGAUUCAUCGAAACAUGCGAGCUUAUCAUCGUCGGAUCACACAUGGGAAAUGGCUCUGAAGUGGUAGGGAAGGAAAAAUGCUGACCCACGAUCCGGCGGAAAUAGAGAUAAGUUUUUGUUUACAUUUCAUCAAUUAUUGGAAACGGUUUGGAAUGUUACUUUAGUGAACUCUACAAACUAUCAAGCAUCAUCUUUAUGAAAAGCAUUACAAACAUUUCCCGUUUUCAUUUUGAGUUCUGAAAACAACUUACCACCAACGAAACCUGUAUUCCAUUCCGAAAUUAAUUGUAUUUCUUUCCUGUAUGACGCGACAUUUCCCCGUCUUGCGGAGCCCAUCCGCUUAGAUUUUCGC